AUGAGGAGCGCUUCAGGCCUCAACGAUGCCCAGACUCACUUUCGAGUUGUGCGUGCAACCAAGACGAGCCACGUGUUACAGCAGAAGCCGUGGUAUGUUAUCAAUCCUGAUCAGAGCAAGGCUGCAAGCCGGUGGCAGAUAUUGGUCGCAUUUUGUUUGCUGUUUGUGGCCCUGGCAACACCUGUACAGGUGGCUCUUUUGGAGCCAGAGGUGGACUGGCUUUUCUUUGUUGGUUUGGGUGUGGAUGUUGUCUUCAUGAUCGACCUGAUUUUGCAGUUUUUCAUGGCCUACCCAGUAACGACAGCACAGGGGAUCACCUGGGAAGUUCGGUCUGCAAAGAUUCGUGAGAGGUACUUGAAGUCUUGGUUUCCUCUCGACAUUCUAAGCAUCAUGCCCUUCGACGUGUUGACGGUUGCGUUGGAGGCCCAGGAGCUGCGAGAGCUUGCAGUCCUCAAGGUAAUUCGUGCUCUGCGUCUGGUGAAGCUCCUUCGACUUAUGAAGACCUCUCGAUCCCUCCAAGCGAUGGAGGUGCCACUUUCGAUUCCUUAUCAGCAGUUUGCAUUGAUCCGCUUUGUGCUGAUUUUGGGCUUCGUUUGUCAUGGACUGGCUUGCUUAUGGGCUCUGACGUUGACUCUCGAAGACUCAAACUCACCUCGCUGGAUAGAUCUGCUUGCGCACGAUGAGCCCUCGUCAGUCCAGAUCUAUUUGGCUGCUUUUUAUUUUUGCAGUUAUACAAUCACCUCGGUUGGCUACGGUGACAUCAGUCCCCAAAACAAUGUGGAGCGAGUAUUCUGCAUUGGGAUUCUGCUUUUUUCCGGACUUGCCUGGGCUUACAUCAUCGGAGAGGUGGGGGCCAUUGUGACCGACAUGACCUCUGAAGGGCAAGACUUCAGGCGAACGAUGCACCACUUGAAUCAGAUGAUGAAACGACAAGGGCUUGCCCACGACCUGCAGUGCCGGCUCCGCAGAUACUUCCUGCAGAACAGGCAUCAGAUGGUGACACUGGAGCGUCAGGCUCUGAUGACGAAAAUGAGUCCACAGCUACAGUCCGCUUUCUGUAUUGCGGUAAACUACCGCUGGCUCCAAAAGGUCACCUUCUUGAGGAAGUUCUUUUUUUACAUCCGCCAGCAGGCGCAGAGUGGCUCCUACGUGGCGCCUUACGAGGCUUGUAUGGCUGAUAUUGCGAAAUGCCUGAAGCUUGGAGCUUUUGCGCAGCAGGAAACUUUUGACAAUGUCCAGGUGCUCUACAUUCUGUCGAAGGGCUUAGUAGUCCUGAACAGCAAGCUUCGCUCCGAAGGAGAGGUUUGGGGAGAGGACUUUGUGCUGGAGGACACCACAUUGAUUCGCCCAGUGGCAGGCUACGCAAUGACCUACAUUGAGGUGUUGUCGUUGACUAGGGAGGAUUUCAUGGGCGUCAUUGAGAGGCGGAGGUUCUCAUGCCCGCAACUGCAGCGAAUGGUUCGCCGCUACUGCGUUCGAAUUGCUGUCUAUCGAGGCAUCCUCGCCGAGGCACAGAGGCUCAAACAAAUCCAAAUCAAACUGGAAUCAGAUCGUUUGGCUCAGGAAGAGUCAAAGGAUGGCCUGCGGAACUUGGCUAGUAAAAUGUCUCCUGAGGAGACCUUUUCACUAAUGAAAAUGGCGCUGCCUGGGUCCAUUGACUGA